AUAAAAUUAAUUUAAAAAUAUUAAAAAGAAAAAAAUCCUUUGUAAGCACAAAAGACCACCAAAUUAGGGCACUAUCGCAUCGAACUUCAUCUUCCUCUGUGCUUCGAUGCUGCGACCGAAGAUCUUCUACAGUGAAGGACGAUUCAACGAUUUGGGUAUUUGACUGUUAUAGGGUUAACGAGAAGCCGUCAAACAGGAUGAACAAGCACCAUAAAUUUGUUAUGACAGUCCAUUGUAGAGGAACUUUGGAUGUGGAAACUGGGAUAUACACAGGGGGAUCUAAAGAAACUUGCAUGGAUAUUACGAUGGAGGAGUGGGGUACUGAUGAGAUGAGAUGGUGGAUUAACGGUUUGGGUAUUGAUUUUGACAAUGUUGCAAUCUUGUAUCGGAAGCCUUGGAGGGCACAAUGUCAUGGAUUGAAGUUGCUGGAGGAUGAAGAAGACUACAUUGAGAUGGGAUGGAUGGGGGUGGAAGAUGGUAGUGUGCACAUGUAUGUUGACCACACCAACACAUACACUCCUGCUGUAUAUUUGCAGCAUAAGAUAGCUAAGAAGACUUGUGGGUUCUGUGGGUACUCAGCCAGACAGAACUCACCAACCUUGGUAAUCUGUUGGCUUUUACAUGAUUUUAGUAAACAUAUAUGUAGUGUAAAUUAUAUACAUUGUUCUUGUUCAUACAGGUGGAGUUUAUUGAUCUGGAUGAGGACUCUGCUUCUGCUGGAGAGGAAGAAGAAGAAAAAAGGAGAAAAUGGAGUUUAUCGAGAUUGAUGAUGAUUCUUCUUCUGCUGGAGAAGUAGAUAAA